AGAUAGCGCUCCCUCCAAAUUAAUUCUUAUAGUGUAUCAGAAUCAGACAAAACUGCCAGGACGUUACUUCAAUCUCCCAACGACAAAUCGCCACGCAACCAAUCCGUUGCGAAAAAGCCACCCGAAACGGUUAUUUUAAGCACUUCAACAGCCAACCGGGUGCCACUUCCGAAGUGAAGGCGAUAUGUGGGGAAGGAGCUUCAGUAGCAUUACUUCAAGCACGAGAAACGCACUAAAGGACAAGAAAUGGGACGUGAUUGUCGUCGGUGGCGGUCACAACGGCUUGACAGCCGCAGCUUACCUGGCUCGCGCCGGCCUCUCUAUUGCCGUGCUAGAGAGGCGCCACUUGAUCGGCGGCGCAGCCGUGACCGAAGAGCUGAUUCCGGGUUUUAAGUUCUCUCGCUGCAGCUACCUCCACAGCCUCCUCCGACCUACCAUCGUCAGGGAAUUAGAAUUGAUGAGACAUGGUUUGAAGUUGUUGAAGCCUAUGGCUUCGUCAUUUACACCAUGUCUUGAUGGACGCUAUCUUCUCUUGGGACUGAACGAUCAACGUGAUCACUUGGAGAUAUCGAAGUUCUCCAGACUGGAUGCUGAUGCUUAUCCAAGGUAUGAAAUUCAACUGCAAAAAUUUUGUAAAUUCAUGGAUUUUCUUUUGGAUUCACGUACCCCUGAAACGUUCCAUGGAGAUUCAUCUUUUAACAAUCAGCUGAGAGAUAAGUGGCACAAAUCAGUUUUUUGGGCUAGUUGUUUGAGGCAUGCCCUAUCCUUGGGGCAAAAGGAUAUGGUGGAAUUUAUAGACCUCUUGUUGUCCCCAACGUCGAAGGUUCUUAAUAAGUGGUUUGAGUCAGAUGUACUAAAGGCAACACUAGCAGGAGAUGCUAUCAUUGGGAGUAUGGUCAGUAUUCAAACAUCUGGAAGUGGAUACGUUCUGCUACAUCAUGUGAUGGGCGAAACCGAUGGUGAUCGUAAUAUUUGGUCGCAUGUCGAAGGUGGGAUGGGUUCCAUAUCAGUUGCCAUAAGUAAUGCUGCUAAAGAAGCCGGGGCUUAUAUUGUUACAGAUGCAGAGGUUUCACAGCUGGUAGUUGAGGAAUCUGGCAGGGUAAACGGGGUGUUACUGGCUGAUGGAACACAAGUGUAUUCUUCAAUUGUUUUAUCGAAUGCGACUCCCUAUACGACUUUCAUGGAUUUGGUGCCCCAUAGUCUACUUCCUGAGGAUUUUCUUCGUGCCAUUAAGAACUCUGACUAUAGCUCUGGAACAACAAAAAUUAAUGUAGCUGUUGAUAGAUUGCCCCAUUUCCAGUGUUGCAAACUAGGUCACCCGGAGGUAGGUCCUCAGCACACUGCUACCAUUCGCAUUGGUUCUGAAAGCAUGGAGGAGAUAGAUUCAGCUUGUCAAGAUGCUUGGAAUGGCAUACCAUCACGGAGACCCGUUAUGGAGAUGACUAUUCCUUCUUCACUGGACAAGACUAUAUCUUCACCUGGUAAGCAUGUGGUCAGCUUGUUUACGCAAUACACUCCCUAUAAACCUUCAGAUGGUAGCUGGGAAGAUCCUACUUACAGAGAAUCAUAUGCAAGCAGAUGUUUUAAGUUGAUCGAUGAAUAUGCACCUAACUUCAGCUCAUCAAUCAUUGGUUACGAUAUGCUGACACCACCGGAUCUUGAAAGGGAAUUUGGUUUGACAGGGGGAAACAUUUUUCAUGGUGCUAUGGGUUUGGAUUCGCUUUUUUUUAUGCGACCAGUUAAAGGAUGGUCAGAUUAUAGGACACCAGUAAGAGGACUGUAUAUGUGCGGGAGUGGAUCACAUCCAGGAGGUGGCGUGAUGGGUGCACCUGGCAGGAAUGCUGCACUCGUUGUUCUUCAUGAUCUUACUCAACAUUAAUAACCGCUUCAUUUUAGCUUCACCAUGUGUCUAUCCGUAUAUACCAUUCCAUUUGUAUUGUUGGUGCCAUAUUUCUGUUCCAAAAAUAUUCCCAAAACAACACUACGGAGAUACUCUUUUAUUAUUAUUAUUAUUAUUAUUAUUAUUAGAGAUAGGCAUUUAAACUAACUAUUUUUGUUUUAAAAUAAAUAAAUAAUGAUUUUUGCUACUUCAUUGCAUAUGAUUGGAAUGCUUUUAUUUCAUAGAAAAUAAAAAUUAAUAGGAAAAGGUUGUAUAUUAUAAUUGACUACACUUAGAAUCAUGCAUGCAACAAACACGCAUAAAUUUUAGGAUGGGGUGGGUUUGGAAAUUGCCUAAUACAUGUCACAUUUGAUCAGUUUGGUCAUCAAGUUUUAGGAAUAAAAUAAAAAGCAUUUUGGUCACAGAAUGCAUCAAUAUCCAAGUCCUCAACCGUGAGCUGAUUUCCACGUAGGUUCACCACUCCAAAGAUUCUCCUUUCAAUUUUAUUUUAUUUUUAAUACGAAAAGUACAGAGUCCCACCAAAUGGCAUGAUUGUGGAUCGCGGCUUUAUACUCAAGCCUACAAAGUUACUCGAUGCAGCUCGCUUGCUACCUCUUACUAGCUGGCGCUGAACAGGGAGUAAAAAAUUUUCAAAAAAGAAAAAAAAAAAA